UUCCAAUACGCGAGCACCGACAUGGAUAAGGUGCUGCUCAAGUACACCGAGUACAAUGAACCCCAUGAAAGUAGGACUAACAGCGAUAUCGUUGAGGCACUCAAUAAGAAGGAGCACAAGGGCUCGUCCAACGGGUGCGACAGUCCUGAGCCCGACGACUCUCAAUACACUUUGACUCCAAGAACUGAAGCCAAAUAUAAUAAAAUCAAUGAAGAGUUUGAACUCAUGAUGCAAAGGAACGCCGCACAUAUUAAUGGCAACAGAUCAACACCGACAUCAGGAAUGAAUCAAUCGUCCGGAAUAUCUCCCAUUCCCGUGACUCUGCCCUUAAACUCUUCGCCAUACGGGCCUCAGGAUUCUAGUCUAUUGCAAAGCACUCAACUCUCACCUCAUUCUUCAUGUGUUAGUCCCCGACCCAGUUCUUCAAACGCAAUGCUUGAUAUGACAAAUCCGACCACAAAUACUAACGGAUACCAUCGCUCCUGUUCUCCAUCAGCGCUGUCAGGAAGCAGUUCUCCAAACCUGGUGUCCGUCAAACAGGUUCAUGCGGUCAAGAACUCCACACCCAAUGGUACGACAGGCGCUAACCGAGGAAUGCGAGUCGUUAUGUCUAAUUCACACAACAAUUUAACACCCCGAAAUGGCAUCUUAGGAAACACAGCAAUCUCUGUGACCACUUCUAUCCCCGGUAUGCCUGGCUAUCCGUCCUCUUUAGGCUCUUUUGGUCCGAAUGACUUUCAACUGAAUUCGGAGUUAGCACUGGCAGGUUUCAACUCUCCAGGUCUACUCCAUAACUGGUCGUCUCAGCACUCACUCGGUUUAACACACGGAGGCGCUUCACAACCUGGUAACGCAGGCCUUCCCCACCUGUCUGUGAGCAGUAGUACACCCCCGCCCUCAUCGUCUCCGCUAUCUAUAAAAGUGAAGAGUGAACCGAUAUCACCACCGCGUGAUGGCACACAUCCCCAACACGCAAGUCUGGGUCCGUUACAGAGGCCCCCUUCGAGCACAACCGGCCAUUUAUCUCCAGGACACCCAUUGACACCAUCGACAUCAUCCUCACCCGACCCAUCCGGCAGUUCUGACUAUGAGGGGCCCAUUCAGAAGCGAAUAAGGGUUACGGCUGACGGCUGGCCCGCUUAACACUGACUGACUGUUCACUAUUUGUUUGAUUAGAGAAUAUUUUAUCAAAGUUUCAUAAAUCAGAUGCGAAAUGAUUUGAAAAACUGAUUGUUUGUAAUAAAUGACAUUUAGAUUCAGUUGACUCUCUAAUACUGAAAGCUUAUCGAGAGUUAAAGUGAUUUGAAGAAGAAUUGGAGAUAUUGUGUCCACAUAUUGGAUACAAUGAAGUGAUUGAGAGUCCACUUAUAAUAAACAUGUCUUUGAAGUAAAAAUGUUUGUGAAAUAAAUUCGUUGAAACAGUGCUCAGAAGGAGUGGAACAGCGACUCAAUGUAUUAUAUAAUCCCUGACUUUUAGCACAGCUUUCAAGUUAUCACAAAUGGAAAGCAUUUAAAUAUUGGAUUUCAUAAGACUUAAUAAGACUUUUGGCUGCCUUUAAUCAAACAAACCUCCUGUGUUGUGACCCCCAUUCAAAUGCCUUCACAACGAGUGCAUAACAGAUAUAACAGAUCAGAACAAACAUACAAAUGGCUAAUAAUUGAACAUAACUUAACCGAACCGCCGAUGACAUCACUAUCAACUUGUCUUAAAGUUGGACACCAGAGCUCCCGACCGCUCAUACAUCUGAGGACCAAUGUUUGACUCAUACGUACUGUACAUUACAGUACAGUUGCCUUUAUUUAUAACUAACUGAUAAUCGAUCGGUUGUACACUUUUGGCCAACUUUUCUAACUUUUCAAUAGAGAAUCAUUGAAUUGUGACAUUUGAUGAGAUGAUUACAAGCAAAUGAUGGUUUAAUUGUCUGUAUAGUCGUUAUGAUAAUGAAUGUAAUUACAGCUAAUGGUAACAGAAUUUUCAAUGGCCUUCAAUCUGACCACUGCUUCAUAGAGUAAAUCGCAGACAACUAACAAAUAAGACAUUUAUUGGAUAAUUAGUGAGAUUUUCUUCCUAGUGAUUAGUGAUUACAUUAUUGCCAAUAGUUAUGUGUUUUUACUAAUUAAUCAAAUGCUUAUUAAUUAUGAAUAUUAAUACAAUUGUUGAGAAACACAUUAAGUGCCACUGCUGUUGAUAUUUUAAAGAUCUAAUAAUUAUUGUACAC